UUGCGCCGGGACACAGCAGGCGAGGGUCCUGCCGGAGCCGGCUUCUGCUGCCCCUUACCGGCGCUAUGGCCUGCGGGCUGGCAUUCGAUCUUCCUGCGGCCCCGCUCGCCCCUGUGCGUCCCCGGGGCGCGAAGGUGUCCUGAGCUGAGCUCUGACUCAGGAUGUUCCGGCGCCAGCCCAUGGACAGGACCCCGGCUUACAAGCCCAAUGGGUAUCCCGACGGGUCCACCCGACGCCGCGCCCUUCAGCAGCUACAGAUGCUGCUGCCCACGCUCGACGGCCGUGCGGGGCGAGGCGCAGACGGCGCGUGGUGGCGGGACCGCAAGUCCCAGCACCUGUCUUCCCGGUCCCCGGAGUCCCCGUACGCUUCGCGGGGCCGUGGGGCCCUGCGUGCGCUGCUACUGCCGCCGCUGCUGCAGAGCAGCUUGACCCGGGAGGCGGGGGCUCGGGGGAACCGGCAGCCGGCGGACCGGGACAACCCUGACGCCCUGGGCACGCUGCUGGGGGAACUGCUGCCCAACAAGUUCCGCCACUUCCUUCACCAGCUGCGCGCCAAGAUCGCAGAGCCAGAGGCGGACCCACCCCCAGCGCCACAGUACUCCAGCAGUCCAUCCGAGCACUGCCCAGCUUCUCGGUGUUCCAGCAGCUCUUUCCUCCCAGACUCGUGGGACCAACCAUUGAACUGGGACGACAGUUUUAGAGAGAAGACUACCCUGGGGCUCCCAAAAGGUGAAUUCGUCAGAGCCAAAAAGGCCCAUCCCCCCUCUGGAGAAGGCUCAAGACCCCGCAGACGGUAUUGUCCUUUCCGGGUACGAUUCGCAGACGAGACCUUGCAAGACACAGCACUCCGGUACUGGGAACGUAACCGUGCAGUCCGGCAGAAUAUCUUACAGAGCGAGCAGACGGCUUUGCCAGCUGUAUCUGUGUCAGAGCGAGUGCUUGGGAGUGUUGGGAGAUGGUUGGACAGUCUGCCCAGAGCCCUUCAACCCAGGGUCCAAGACACCGCGGCUAGCUCCUCAUGCUGGAAGUGCCCCCGCGAGUCAGCUCAGGAACCACAGCUCUACCUUUCUGAGGAUGCCACCGUGAGCAGCCGCCUACCCUUCAUCUCCAGGGCCACCGCCCCAAGGCCAAGGGGAGGCCUAAGAACCUUCCUGGACACCCCUAACAAUGCGGAGCAGGAAUCCUUUCUGCCAAGUUUGGUGCUGCAGUCCGUUCUAAAGCAAGGCCGCCCUAAGGGCUACCAGCUCCUUCUGCCGACCACAAACCGGCAGCAGGCUCACAGGUGAAUGCCUGCCAGAGGCCCCCCUGCUCAGAAGUGUACCCAUGCCAGGCAAUGAGGAGAGUGCUUCUUCGCCCCACAAAUAAACACACCUCCCAGGUGGCUGGGAUGGAUCACUAGGUCCUCCA